AUGGCUCUCCCCACAGACCCGCGUAUACGGAACUCGCGAGUCGAUACCUCAAAGCUCACUCCGGCCGAGCGUGAAGCCCUCCUCAAACCCUACCUUCCAGAUCCAUCUACCAUCCGUUCGGCCCGCAGCAGGCAUGGGAAGAAAAAGCAGAAGCAGAGGAGGAAACCUAUCCGAGAAUUCCUCAAGUCGACAUUACACUACCUCACCUAUUUUCUAAUCCACGUUGUUUUCAGCAUCUACAUCCGGCUCCGUCAAGGCUAUCAUGCCAUCAUUGAUCGAAUCCUGGCCAUUCUUUACUACCAUCACCGCACUCCCGAGCUCAUACAGAAAGAUGUCCGUGGCCUGAGCCAGCUACCGCAGCAUCUGAGCGUCGUGUUGAUGCUGGGGAAGGAUGAGGAUGCGCUGGAUGUGAUUAUGGACGAGGUGGCGGAGUUGGUAGCCUGGAGCUCGUGCGCUGGUAUACCUAUGUUGAGUAUAUAUGAGAAGACAGGCAUCCUAAAAUCCUACAUCCCAACCCUUCACAAAAUAAUCAUAAGCAAACUAUCAACGUACUACGGGCCUCCUUCCCACCAACCAACCCUCCGCCUCUUCGCCCCACACCACGCCCUCUACUCUCCAACUCUCUGCCCACCCUCCUCAAAAGCAAAUCCCGCGCUCUUCACCGUCCUCCUCCUCUCCGCCACAGACGGGCGCGAGACACUAGUCGACCUCACAAAGACCCUGACCGAGAUGGCCCAGCAUGGUAACCUGUCACCGCAAGAUAUAAGCCCGAAACUCAUCGACGCUGAGAUUAGCGAGUUGACGUCCCCGCCUACACCGCCGCUGGGGGGCACUCCUGGAGAUCCGCUAUUCGAUGAACGCAAUAGCAUCGCAUCCUCAGCUGGCACGGGGUCCAGCACUGCCGUGUCAGAUUCGCCGCGGUCGUUGCCUGCGGACGCCGCGACGGCUGUGUUGAUGAAGUCUGAUCCAGAUUUGUUGAUGGUGUUUGGCCCGUUUGUGCGUCUGGAUGGGUAUCCGCCGUGGCAGUUGCGGCUGACGGAGAUCUAUUGUACGGGAGAUAAGGGCAGCUUGAUUACUGGGGGUGGGGAGGCGGUAGAGUAUCAAAAGUUUCUUAAAGGGCUGUGGAGGUAUGCGAGGGCAGAGAUGAGGUUUGGGAGGUAA